AGCCUUUCUGGACGGCCAUCAGAUUGAGAUCAGACUGAAAUCGGUCACUCGGCGGGAACUCCUGCUAUCAGCGUUUUAGUCCCACCGCGAUACCCUAUGCCCUAUUUGAACGGUCAUGUCUUCGAUCACUGAUGUGGAUCAGUUUGAAUUGGAUCUUCAGAAAUUCGACGUUCGUUCAUCCGGUGAUGUGAAUAUGAUUGGGCAACAAUUGGGCCUAAAUACUGGUGAUGGCUGGUGGUUGAGCCCGCAUGAAACCGCUGUUGAAUUUGACUCAGACGGGCAUGUCAUUGAAGGUGCGAUGGCAGAAAUUGAGUCUCAGGUACAAACUUGGCUACGACACUCCUUCGAUAACAACCCUGAAUUCCGUGACAACAGCUAUCAUCUUUUAAGUCGUUUGAACGAACUCGCUCGCCUGCAAGGUUUAGUGGAAGAAGUCGCACUGAAAUACCAUCAAUCUGAAAGUGAUCCGAAAGGUGUUCUCCUUCCCUCCUUCCCCUCUGAACGUAAAGGAUCAGGUCACGCACAUCCUUUCAGUGAUCCUGCUCAGCCUUGCCAAGAUGUUGAACGCAACACACAGACUUCGUCGAAAGAUCUCUUUAACUGUGGUACUUUUACGAAAGGUGCACUGGAAGUUUCCUCUUUUAGGAGACCGCCGCUACGGGAAGCGUACCAAGAUGCUGAUGACCAUUUAUACCCCAAGAACCCAGCUCUCAGUCGCCAGUUCGUCAAACCCUCCGGACUGCCACAUUUACAUAAAUCGCAACAGCCUCCGUCUCCCCAUCAUAACCAGUUGCAACGAAGUCAUCUAUACAACAGACGCACCUCCGUCCGUGCUUCAAGUGCCACUCCUAUACCAUCUGCCUCUACUUGUGGCCACGAUAGCCUAACGGUUCAACCCGAUUAUCGUGCUGGCUUACUUAACCGAACAUAUUCUAAAGAGGCUUUGGACCAACUCAAAGUAAGUGAUAUGCCACCAGCGCGGAGGAGCGGUGGCUCCCUACUGGAUAACUUUCUCAGAAAUUCAAAUCACUCGAGUGUUGGUUCUGAUCCAGAAGGGGCUGUUGACGUAUCUAGGAGUUACGAUUCAAUGGGCUAUGCUCCUAACAUCUUAUCAAAAUCACUUACCGAUGGAGAAAUGUUCAGUCUUCAGGCAUCUGGAGUGAAACCAAAUGCCUCGUUUUCGAGUAUGAGAGGUGCCAACGUCCUAGAAAUGGCAUUGUUUCAAGAAUCGCAGUUACGGAAGCUUAGCGGAAGUCGUGGAAAGCUGAGUGGGUCUAAUUCCUCUCUUACUGGGUCUUCUGUUGACGCUAACGGAUUUCUGCAUCCUACCAGCGUCGUUACGAACUCGAACGACAACUUUAAACCGUUGGAUGCUGAUUUCACCAGUGGUACAUAUAACGGUAUAGCACUUCGACGUCGUAGUCCUAAACCGAACCGGACUUCUCCGCUCGAUGUGAAUGGGAUUUCUUCCUCCUCCUCUAAGCAAGACUCAACAGGUCCGACUGAUCGCCAAGACUUUCCAAAGCACGUUGGCAUGCCUUCAGAUACUUUGACUGGGUCCAGUUCACUGCUAGUCUCGGAGCCACCGACACCAGUUGUUAAUAUGGACUCGAAAUUAAGCUCAACAAAAGGUGACCAAGGAAACCUCGUUGACCCAACUACAGUUGGCUACAGGUAUAAUCAACAAAAUUCAUUCUUUCCAGAUGAAACGCUUACUCAUGGUGCUGGUACUGCAGGACAAGCUUACGAUGAAUCUCAGCUCAAACGUUUGAGUUCUUUCGAGUUAAUGGAAGCGCGUGUUUCGCAAGAACAUUUUAUGUCGGGUGAUCUGACUUUUUCUCAGAAUCACAACGCAGUACCCAGCGAAAUUCCCUCUAGGCCAGGGUAUUUGAACGUGUCUACUUCCUCAGAGUUUUCAACCGAACUUCCGGGUUGCAUGAAUGCCUCCAAGAUAAAUGCGAGUGAAACUUCGAAACGAAACGUGCCACGUACAUCUGAAACGACUGAGCUUCGACCACAGUCUAAAAUUCCGUUUUACUCAGCACGUGGGGCUCCACCCGUUCGCACCGUUGACAUUCCGGCACCUUCGAAACAACUCCCCACUCUCAGUAUGCGAUCUCGAACAGGAUUAGACAAACCUUCCACACAUAGUUCUCUUUCAAAACCAAGUUCGAACCAGGUUGACCCCCCGUUACAACUACGAAAUCAUUCUUCACGUUCUACACCGAGUCUCACGCCUUUUGGUGAUGUUCGCUCACUUUCUUCUAAGCCACGUGGUCCCAGCCGCCCGGUGACUAAAAUCACUGACGCACCCAGUGGCACUGCCUCAAACAUCAACAUCCACCAACCCAAGGCGAGUCGGUCCAACGUGUCCCCCGUGCGUUCCCGGCGUUUCGCUCGUGGCGUGUCCGAUGUUCGCAGGACGCACCACACCUGAUGAUACAAUGACCUUAAUUAGUCUGUCAAAUAUGUAUUCCAUUUUCGCAAGUCUUUCAUCGCAGCUGCUUUACAGUUAGCGCUAAAGUUUGAUAACCUUUUCAUAAGCAAUUUGGUUGAAAGUUUUGACCAGUAUAUAUUUUGCACUGCAGAUUGUUUAGCCGUUAUUUUGCGGUCCCUGUUAUUUUGAGACUUUUUUUUGCAGCCGAACGCCAUGCGACCUUCCCCACUUUCGUUAUUUCUGACAUGUUGGAACUUCCCGUACAGCUCACAAGUUUUGUCAUUGAAGUUUAUAGUGAGAUCUGUAAUACAUUUUAUGUAGUAUAGAAUUCUUUUUUUUUAAUUUU